UCGGAUGGUGAAUGAUGGGUGAGUUGGGUCUGAAGGGGCCCAUGGGGCGGACUUGGCGGGCGCUGGGCGUGCGGCGGGGGCUUCUUGGCUCGCGAAGCGAUCAGGCGUCCUUUUCAGCCGCGAGAUUUUAUCCUGAGCCUUAUAACAGUCACAAAAACCUCAUCAAUCAGGGUAUAUACUAUUGCGAGAAUGGAUCAGCCUCUGGCUGGGCCAUCUAGAGGAGGAAGGAAACGAGGCGUCUUGUGUUUGCAGCGUGAACUCAGCUGUGACUGGUAACCAACGACACCUCCGCAGACAAACGCACGAAAGGAACCCUCUCGCUCGCAGGCCCUUCAGCAAGCAGGCACAUAUCCUCGCUGGCUCCCCCACCCAUCAAUCUGGCGCCUCCCCAACGACACCCUACACUUCCCUACACUAGCCGCCAAAUCACUUGACGUCCAAACCCGCGAAAAUGUUCAACACAUGCCUCUCUAGCGUCCUUAUCCCUGCAACGUUUGCAGCCUUCUCCAAACGCGUUGACCAAGACAUUGUCGCCUUCGUCCGCGACGACCAACGUGCACAGUGCCCACCCAUCGAAUGGACAGUCCGGUGCUACGCAACCUGGCACUUGGCAACCCUGCACUCGGAUCCGGACCUCCUCGCGCAGAGCCGGUAUAUCUAUGGCAUCUUGAUCAGAUAUCUCCAAUCUGCGCUCGAUGAUCCGCGCAAGUCCUCGUCGCAGAGUACACUCACCGUUGCGGUGCUAAUGGGCAUCUACGAGGUCUUUGACCGGAGCUCCCCCGACGCGUGGCUGGUGCAUAUACGUGGUGCAAAGGAGAUAUUGAAACGCCGCGGGGCGGCAGCACAUUUCAGUGGGUUUGCGAGGACGAUUGUGUUUUCGUGCCGGGCGUUCUUUAUCGCCGAGGCGUUGAUUAGUUGUGAGGAGUGCUUUCUUGCAGAGCGCGAGUGGGCGAGUGUUAAUGCGAGGGCGUUUGAGAGGGAGGAUCGGCGGGGGAAGAAGUGUAGGCUUGUUAGUUUGAUUGAUUGGACAUAUCGGGAGGUUGUCCGUGUGCCGGGGAUGGUGGCGAGGGCGAGGCGGGUUCUUGGGGAGAAGGGUGAGAAAAGCAAUGGGGGGUGGACUAGUGAGGAGAUGGUGGGUGAUGGUGGAGAAGCGGUGUUAAGGGAGGAGCUCAGGCCCCAGGUCCAGCGCAGCCAGGCGACGCUACGGCGAUUAAGGAGGGCUGUGACGAGUCUUUCUCCCAAGGAGAUGGCGCCGCAGGAUCAUGACGGGGAAAACAUCAUCGAUUCGAGGUUUAUCUGCCCGAUCAUACGACAUAGCGUAUAUGCCGCUUCUGCGGUUGAGGAUUUACUGGGUCGAUUGUCUGCGAUGCUGGCUGAUAAAAAGGAGCCAGAUCCCAGCUGCAAGGAGGUAGGACUGGUGGAGAUACGCUCGACACUUCGGACUAAGAGCCCUGAUAUUACCACUAGCAUGGACUUCCUAUUCCUGUCGUUGGGGGCUAUGGCGCUGUAGAACCAUAAUACAUUCCCUUGACACAACUCAGUAUCUCCCGAGGAGAUGGUAGUAUAUAUAAUAAAGUUAUGUUAAUCCCAAUCCAAGCCGUGAAGCCGUGGGCGAGCUGGGACGCGAUGACCAAGCCGCGAUACGCCCGCUAGAAAGUCAUCAUCCUGGCAGGGUACUCGGACGAGAUGGAAAGAUUGUUGUAUAUCAAGCUCUCUUACUGAGUAGCCUGUUGAGUUGGCAUUACGGAAAUCAAACUCAGGUUAUUUGUCGUAUCUCGGAAUCCUCAUUACAAUCCCUCGACUUUGAUCUGGCUGGGAAGAAAAGGAGCGAUUUAGCUGUGUUGG